AUGGUACAGCAAGCGGAGAACGUAGCCGUUCAAGAAGUCCCCGAGGUGGUCGAGGUCUGCCAGCACCACUGGGUGAUCAAAGCUGCAGACGGCCCCACCAGCCCCGGAGUGUGCCAAGUCUGCGGCGAGACCAAGGAUUUCAAGAACUACGUGGAAACGGCGACCUGGGGAGACACGCGGCUGAUCAACCGGCAGGACCCGGUUCCCGCGAGCACCAUAAUCUCGGCCAAGAUGGACACCUGGGAGGAAGAGUAG